AUGGCGGCCACCACGGUCUCCCUCCGGGAAUUGGCUGACCUAGCCAUCGGCACUCCCGAGGUGGGCGCCGUCAACUUCACCGCCCUCCACACUCUCAUAGUGGCCAUCCUCAAGAAUCUCAACCUCCAUGAGGCCCGGAUCGACUACAAGUCCCCAACCCCAGCCUACGAUGAGGCCCUGUACGACAGGCCCGCUCGGUUAUCCGUCAGCGUCCCCCAACUGGUCACGUCCAAGGAAAAAAGGAAAAGCAUCAGCAAAACAUCUUCCCAGGCGCUGGAGAAUCAAGUGAAGGACCUCGACAGGCAGGUCAGGAACAUGGAGUCCCAGAUUCAAGGCAUUGUCAGUCACGUGCAGUUGCUCACCUCCCGCGUGACAGAUUUUGACUCGGACACCCCAGAUUGGCUCCACGAGCCGACGGUGGCCACGAGGGGGCUUGAGAGAAGCGGGGCCACCUUGAUGCCUGACAAGAAGUUGAUGACCACAUCUGGGCCCCAGAAGAAGGUCACGGGGGUGCCUGAGAAGAAGCCGACCACGAUGAUGAUGGAAAAACUGCAAAGAGAGCAACUGAGAAUCAUGCAAGAUAACAAGGACAGUGAAGUCACCAUCACCGAGGUGUGUGAGAGGGGCCCAGACAUGCAGGCUCGAACCUGCUCCCAAGCCCUGGCUGCUUUGGGACUGCUCCAGCAUGCCCUCCAAGAUGUAUAUAUCUUAAAGGAAGCCCACGAAAAGGCACAGGAGCCCCCCGAGAUGAGCACCCAGACCACCCUGGAAGAACGGAUUGACACCCUGGAGAAGUACAUCAAAGAACGGGACAACCUCCUGGACCUAGUGGGCCGGAAGCUGAGUCUGAUUCCUGGUGGAGAAGAGGUCACCAUGGUCACCUGGGAAGAGCUGGAGCAGGCCAUCACUGAUGGCUGGAAGACUUCUCAAGAGAUGUCAGAUACAUCGAUGUCAGUUCCUAAGCACAAAGGACAGAGUCUGUCAACAUCAGUUGAUGUGAGUCAAAGUGGAAUCGCCACCAAACAACUGAGCACCGAUUCCGUGGGUGGUGUGGCCCCAGCUAAGACCUUCUCAGGAUCCAGUGACUCAGCAUACCCUUCUGAAAGGGAUCGUGACAGAGCUCCUUCUAUGGCUGGCUUUUCUGUUAGAGAACAGCUCUCAAGUGCCCAUGAUGAAGUUGGUUUGCUAAAACCCCAUCACCCAUCUACAUCCCAGUUAAAAGUAGAUCUGGAUCGUCGCCGGAGUCGAGAGCAGUACAGUUCAUUACACCAAAGAAGGGAUGAACGAGUUCCGCAACCUGACCUAGUCCGACAGGAUUCGACCUUGUCCAGAGAUCAGCUUGACUUGGGGUCCUCGGAUCAGCAAGGCAUGAUGUACUUAAGUCCAGAUCUAGGGCGAACUCAACGUGGCUUAAGGCCACCUGGCAGGGAUCAGAUUAGAUUGGUAUAUCCUAGCACUUAUCCACAAGGUAUGGUACCACCCAGCAUGGGCCAGCAGGGUGUGGCACCACGUGGCAUGGAUCAGCAGGCUUUCAUACCAGUUGGUAUGGAUCAGCAUGGUACAGUGCCACCACUGGUACCUGGCAGAGAUCAGCAAGGAUUGGAAGCACCUACUACAGAUGAGCGCAGUAUGGUACUUCUUGGUAUAGACCAGCGUGGUUCAGAACAGUUUGGCAUGGAUCAGUAUGGAUUUGUACCAUUUGUUAUGGAUCAGGAUGGGUUGGUUACACCCUUUGUAUAUCAGAGUGGUUUGGGACCUCCUGGUUUAAUGCAAGCUACCGCAGAGCAGCGAGCUUUUGUGCAGCCAGGAUUAGAAGUACCUGGUUUUGUACAUCCUGGUGCAAAGCAGCAUGAUUUGGCCCAACCUGGUGCAGUCCAGCCUGGCAUGGUCCAGCCUGGUGCAGUCCAGCGUGGUGUGAUCCAGCCUGGAGCAGUCCAGCGUGGCAUGGUCCAGCCUAGAGCAGUCCAGCGUGGUGUGGUCCAGCCUGGUGCAGUCCAGCCUGUCAUGGUCCAGUCUGGAGCAGUCCAACGUGGUGCGGUCCAGCCUGGAGCAGUCCAGCAUGGUGUGGUCCAGCCUAGUGUAGUCCAGCCUGGCAUGGUCCAGCCUGGAGCAGUCCAGCGUGGUGUGGUCCAGCCUGGUGCAGUCCAGCAUGGGGCGGUCCAGCGUGGUGUCAUCCAGCCUGAUGCAGUCCAGCCUGGCAUGGUGCAGCCGGGUGCAGUCCAGCUUGGUGCUGUCCAGCCUGGCCCAGACCAGCAUGACUUGGUGCAGCCUGGUGAAGAUCAGCCUAGUUUGGUUCAACCUGUUGUUGGAGAUCAGCCUGGCUUGGUGCAGCCUGGUUUGGUGCAGACAGGUACAGAUCAGUAUGGUUUGGUUCAGCAUGGUGCAGAUCAGCAUGACUUGGCACAACCUGGUGUAGGUCAGCUUGAUGUGGUGCAACCUGGAAUGGACCAGCAUGGUUUGAUGCAGCUUAGUGCAGACCAGCAUGAUUUGGUCCAACCUGAAGAAGACCAGCGUGACUCGGUGCCACCUGGUGCAGACCAGCGUGACUCGGUGCCGCCUGGCGCAGACCAGCGUGACUCGGUGCCGCCUGGCGCAGACCAGCGUGACUCGGUGCCGCCUGGCGCAGACCAGCGUGGUAUAGUACAGCCUGGGGCACACCAGCGUGGCAUGGUACAGCCUGGGGCACACCAGCAUGGCAUGGUACAGCCUGGGGCACACCAGCGUGGCUUGUGCCAGCUGGUGCCUAUCGGCCUGGUUUGGUCCAAUAUGGUGCCUAUCCUCCUGGUUCUAUACAAGCUGGUGCCUAUCCUCCUGCUUCGGCUGGCGUCUAUCCGCCUGGUUCCACACAAGCUGGUGCUUAUCCUCCUGGUUUGGUUCAGGCUGGUACCUAUCCGCCUGGUUCGGUGCAGGCUGGCGUCUAUCCGCCUGGUUCCACACAAGCUGGUGCUUAUCCUCCUGGUUCGGUCCAGGCUGGUACCUAUCCGCCUGGUUCGGUACAGGCUGGCUGAUGCCUAUCUGCCUGGUUCGGUACAGGCUGGUACCUAUCCGCCUGGUUCGGUACAGGCUGGUACCUAUCCUCCUGGUUCGGUGCAGGCUGGUACUUAUCCUCCUGGUUCGGUGCAGGCUGGUACCUAUCCGCCAGAGAAUGCUGAAGAUUAUAGUCAGCGGCGCAAUUCUCUGGAUAAAUUGACUCCAAGCUUUCCCAUGGCAGUGGAGACAUUUCGUCUGAUGGGAGAGAUCGUGGGUCUCUAUGUGGAGCUCAAGGAACACAUAAACGAUCUGGAUGAGGAACAAGCUGGCCAAACGGACUUAGAGAAGAUACAAUACAUGAUUGCACUGAUGGUCAAAAAGAGCAUACCGCCUGACCUGCAGGAACAGAUGAAGAGCGUGAAGACCUUAGCUAAAGAAGUUCGGCAGGAAAAAGCAAAGCUGGACAGGAUGCAAAAGAUCCUGGAGGGUGAAGGGGCACGAGAAACGGGGAAGGAGAUAAAAACUGGCCAGCUGGGCUUACAGCUGGGCAUCCUCAGAGUCACCGUGGCUGACAUUGAGAAAGAGCUGGCUGAGCUGAGGGAGAGUCAAGAGCAAGGUAAAAUCAGUAUGGAACACUCCGUCUCCGAGGCCUCCCUUUACCUACAGGAUCAGCUGGACAAGCUCAGAACCAUCAUUGAGAGCAUGCUGACCUCCUCAUCCACUCUGCUGUCCAUGAGCAUGGCCCCUCACAAGGCCCCAGUAACCUUGACACCUGGGCAGAUUGACCCCGAGGCCACCUGCCCCGCCUGCAGCCUGGACGUGAGUCACCAGGUCAGCAUGCUGGUACAACGCUACGAACAGCUCCAGGACAUGGUCAACAACUUGGCAGCCUCCCGACCCUCCAAGAAAGCCAAGCUCCAGAGCCAGGACGAGGAGCUGCUAGGCCAGGUGCAGAGCGCCAUCCUGCAGGUGCAGGGAGAUUGUGAGAAACUCAACAUUACCACCAGCAACCUCAUCGAGGACCAUCGACAGAAACAGAAGGACAUCAAAGUGUUGUACCAGGGUCUAGAGAAGCUUGAGAAGGAGAAGGCCAACAGGGAACACCUGGAAAUGGAGAUCGACGUGAAAGCUGACAAGAGUGCCCUGGCAGGCAAAGUGAGUCGCGCCCAGUUCGACGCCACCACAGAGCAGCUGAACCACAUGAUGCAAGAGCUCGUGGCCAAGAUGAGCGGGCAAGAGCAGGACUGGCAGAAAAUGCUGGACAGGCUCCUGGUGGAGAUGGACAGCAAGCUGGACCGCCUGGAGCUGGACCCAGUGAAGCAGCUUCUGGAAGAUCGCUGGAAAUCCCUUCGGCAGCAGCUCAAAGAGCGCUCUCCGCUCUACCAGGCCGACGAGGCAGCCGCCAUGCGGAGGCAGCUCUUGGCACAUUUCCACUGCCUCUCAUGUGACCGCCCCUUGGAGACACCUGUGACGGGACAAAGCAUCCCGGUGACGCCUGUAGGUCCAGGCCUGCCCGGGCACCGGUCCACCCGGCCCUAUACCAUCUUUGAACUGGAGCAGGUCCGGCAGCAGAGCCGCAACCAAAAGCUGGGCAGCGCCUUCCCCCGCGGUGACCUGGGGCUGAUGGAGCGGAGCGUGGGUCGCCUGCACACGAUGCACUCCAAGAUGCUCAUGGACAUCGAGAAGGUGCAGAUCCACUUCGGCGGCUCGGUCAAGGCCAGCAGCCAGAUGAUCCGCGAGCUGCUUCACGCCCAGUGCCUCAGCUCCCCCUGCUACAAGCGGGUGCCGGACCUGGCCGACUACACCUACUCAUCCAUGCCAAGGCGCUGCGGAGGCAGCCACACCCUCACCUACCCCUACCGCCGCAACCGUCUGCAGCACCUGGCGCAGGGCCUGCUCCCCACUGAGGAGAUCCAGAUCGCCAUGAAGCAUGACGAGGUGGACAUCUUGGGUCUCGAUGGACACAUCUACAAGGGACGGAUGGAUACCAGGCUGCCAGGCAUUCUGACCAAAGACACUCCAGGGGUUGCAAAGCACAAGUCCAAGCAGUCCCGGGUCCACGUGCACCGACAGCAGUCCGUGGUCAACCAUGGCCAGCUGCCUUCUCGGCCUCAGAGUGCUCAGACGAUGGCUGGCAACACCUCAGCCCCUUCCCGUCAGCGGAAAGGCAGACCCGUUUCCUCAGAGGGCCGCUUCUCCCAGUCAAACCUGGUACAUCCACUCAGCCCUACGGAGACAGAGCCAGCAAACCUGCCAGCAGGCAGCUCCCUGGGGUUGGAGAUGCCCAUGAACAUGCCUUCUCAGGAGGGGGUCGAGGAGCCAACCCGGGGGCCUCGGUCCACAACUGCUCACUAA